CCUCCUUCUCUGCCGGAGCCGGCCCGGCCCGGUCCAGCCGCUCAGGGCCCCGCGCCUGGUCGCCCCUGGUUCUCCGCACUGCACAGUCCCCAACCCCGCCUCUGGCCGCCCCCGGCCCGCGCAGCCUCCUCGGCCCAGCGCCUGGACGCCCCCGGCCCCGCGCAGCCGCCUGCGGCCCAGCGCCGGCACGCCCUCGGCCCCGUGCCUGGACGCUCUCAGCCCCGCGCCUGGACGCCCCCGGCCCGCGCCUGGAGGCCCGGGACCGCGCCCUGUAGAAGCCUGGACGCCGGCCGUGGGGCGCCCGGGGCGCCUGGAGGCCCAAGCAGGAGCCCCGCGGGAAAUGGGGUAGAUGUGGAUUCCUGGCUGCCGCCCUGGCCCGCAUAUCCCCUGACCCACUCAGUGGGACAGUGAACAGGAAACUCCUGUGGGCUCCCUCACAGCCUGCUCUCUGUGGAUGAUGGGGGACAACAGACCCUCUGAACGCUCCACACCCAUGGAAUUUCUCAACAUCUGUUUGGGAGACAACCUGCUGACCCCCCCAGGAGCAUCCUGCAGGGAAGCGUGUGACCUUUCCAGACCUUGCGGGGAGAAGACCUGGGCCUCUGGGCCUCCUGAUUGCACAAGGCAAGAUGCUCCCCCGGGAGCCUCCAGUGCAGAGCCUGCACCCCUGGGGAGUGGCUCUUCCCAGGGGGUCCCCAGACAGAGCCAGAGCUCAUCCACCCAGGUGGCAUUCUGGGCAGGCAUCCUGCAGGCCCAGAUGUGCGUCCUGGACCUGGAGGAGGAGCUGGAGAAGACGGAAGGGCUCAGGGCCCAGCUGAGAUGCUGCCUCCCCACAGCCCCUGCCAACCUCACCACUUUCCCCUUCAGUCCAGCAGGCCUGGAAGACUCGGGCCUCCAUCCCAGUGCACCAGAGGGAGAGGCCUCUGGGGAAGACAGCAGCGGGCCUGAGGGGGAGAGCCAGAACCCCGUGUGGCCGAGGAAGGGAAUGCCGGACUCUUCCCCAGAGUGGGGUGCUGAGGAGGAGAGUGUGUUUUUCGACAACCCUCUCUUUCUGGAGAGCCCUUGCUCAGACACUGGUUCCUCUGGAGCACACUUUUGCUGGGGGUUCCCAGACUCCCUUGCAGAUGUGAGACCUGGGGCCCAGAGUCCGCAGGUGCUGGAGCCUCCUGUCCUGGGGGGCAGAGUGCCGUGGGAGCUGGGGAGUGAGCUGGAUUUGGGGGACAGCACAGCUGGCUCCAGUGGGCACACCACGCCUCUGUUCCCCAUGCCCAUCUACAAACCACAUUUGCUCUCUGCGGCCCAGGUGGACGCCCCCAAGGGGCCUCCUGCAGUACUUUCUGGCUGGGGUGAGCACCAGACUCCUCGGGAGGACAGUCUUGACUCUGCCCCUCCCUUGGCAUCCUGUGUGGAUGAAGCACUGACCUUGGAAACGGGACAUGUUCCAUCAGACCCUAGCCCAGCCUCACAACCUGCGCAACCCUGGGCCCUGCCUAGCCUUGAGGUCUGGCAGAUGGAAGAGGGUCCUUCCUGGCCUCAGGUGCCUCUUAUCUCCCAGGACAGAGGUGACCGGGAUGCUGAGUGGCCCCAGGAAUCUGCCCCCUGCACCUUGGCCCCUGGCUUCUGGGGGAGCCCAGCCUCUUCGCCGGAGCCUAGCAGCCCGGAGUCAGAGAGCAGAGUGCCUGGCCCCAGGCCCAGCCCUGCGUCCUCCCUGGAGGGUAGCCCAAAGCUCCAGGGCCGCCACUCAGGCAACAUUUUUCCCAAGUGGACACUGGGUGCUUUUCCCCCUUCACUCUUGGAGACAGAUGGGGCAGAACCAAGCUCCUUGGAGAAACAGGAGACAGGAGAGGCCCCAAUCCCAGCAGAAGAAGUAAAGAAUGAAGGUCCAGCCAGGCCUUCAGAGCAUGGAGCUGCCUGGCCUGAUGCUGACUUGACCUCCACAGAAGGGCUUCCUGAGUGCCCCAUGCCUCACUCACAGUCCCCAGAGGAAGGCCAGAGGCCACAGGCUGGAGACAAGCUGGCCAAUGGGGUCAGGACUGCCCAGGUGGCCUGGAACUUGGCCACUCGCCUCUAUCACCUUGAGGGUUUCCGGAAGUCUGAAGUGGCUGCCUACCUGCAGAAGAAUAAUGACUUCAGCAGGGCCGUGGCAGAGGAGUACUUGUCCUUCUUCCAGUUCGGGGGCCAGAGCCUGGACAGGGCCCUCCGGGGCUUCCUGCAGGCCCUGGUGCUCAGCGGGGAGACACAGGAGCGGGAGCGGGUCCUCUACCAGUUCUCCAAACGCUUCCAGGACUGCAACCCCGGGGUCUUCCCCUCAGUAGACUCUGUCCACACCCUGACCUGUGCCAUCAUGCUCCUUAACACGGACCUGCACGGACAGAACAUCGGGAAGAGCAUGAGCUGCCAGGAAUUUGUAACCAACCUGAAUGGCCUGCGGGAUGGUGGGAACUUCCCCAAGGAGCUGCUGAAGGCCCUCUACUGGUCCAUCCGAAGUGAGAAGCUCGAGUGGGCCAUAGAUGACGAAGAUGCAGCCGGACCAGAGAAGGCCCAGCUCUCUCCCCCUGCUGGCAAGAUAGUGAACCCCUUCCUCCAGCUGGCCCAGGACCCCACGGUGCCCACCUACAAGCAGGGCAUCCUGGCUCGGAAGAUGCAUCAGGAUGCAGAUGGAAAGAAGACACCGUGGGGGAAGCGCGGCUGGAAGAUGUUCCACACCUUGCUUCGAGGGAUGGUCCUCUACUUCUUGAAGGGACAGGACCACUGCCCUGAAGGGCAGAGUUUGUUGGGGCUGAUGGUAGAUGAGCCUGUGGGGGUGCACCACUCACUGGCCACCCCAGCCACCCAUUACACCAAGAAGCCACAUGUCUUCCAGCUGCGGACGGCUGACUGGCGCCUCUACCUCUUCCAGGCACCCACUGCCAAGGACAUGAGCUCCUGGGUUUCGCGCAUCAACCUGGCCGCCGCCACGCACUCGGCGCCGCCCUUCCCCGCCGCGGUGGGCUCCCAGCGCAGAUUCGUGCGGCCCAUCCUGCCUGCCGGCCCCGCGCGGAGCUCCCUGGAGGAGCAGCAUCGAUCCCAUGAGAACUGCCUGGACGCUGCCGCGGACGGCCUACUGGACCUGCAGAGGAACUUACCGGGACGACGGGGCCGCAGCCGCGAACUGGAGGAGUACCGCCUACGGAAGGACUACCUGGAGUACGAGAAAAUGCGCUACGAGACAUAUAUGCAGUUGCUGGUGGCCCGUCUGCACUGCCCCUCGGAUGACCUGGGCCUGUGGGAGGAGCAGCUGAGCAGGGAGGCUGGAGGCACUCAGGAGCUCAAGCCCAGCCUGAAGAAGUCCCACUCCAGCCCAACCCUGCACCAGGAUGAGGCCCCCACCACAGCCAAGGUGAAGCGCAACAUCUCGGAGCGCAGAACUUACCGGAAGAUCAUCCCCAAGCGGAACCGCAAUCAGCUGUGAAGCCAGCACCACCUCACAGGCUCUUGAUGAAAGCCCGCAGAGGCCGUAUUUCUCUGGGCCCACCCCUGCUGAAGGCAGCCCCGUGGCCCUGGGGUCCUCAUUCCCCUCUGUUUGCUGGAGCCUGCCCCCCAUGCAGGACCCCAGCCCCCUGGUCCCUGGCUACCCCCGAGGGAGGCAGGAGCUCAAGGAUUUGGCCCCAUCCCCAGAGAUUGUUCCAUGUCACCCUCCACUCACCAGAAUCCAGGGUGGCCUUAUUUCCUGGACCUGAGGACACCUCAGUGCUUGUUUGAGGAUCAGAGCAUGCAAAGGCCCUUGGCGUCCAGGAGGCCUGGGCAGCAGGGGCCUCUGGGCACUGAAGCAAGCAGAGCUGCAGCCCUGAGGAUGACCUUGCUCUGGGAGCCAGGAGACGUGCUGGGAGAGGCCCUGGGAGCCCCCAGCCCACCUCCUGUGACUCAGGCCCUGCCCCCUUAGGGCCUGUCUCCUUUUCCCCUACAGCUAUCCGAGCUGCAGCAGCAAAUGAGAGGGGCCCCACCCUCCUCCCGUGCCAAUUGCUAAAGAACAGAGCCCAUGGUGGUCAGUGAAGGCCGGUGGAGAGUGGGGGCCUCCAGAGCUCUGUGGGAGCCUGGGAACAAGGGGCCCUUGGAGAAGCUGAGUGGUGAGAGGUGGUGAUGUGUUAUCUUGGGGGCCCUUGUGCAGGAACCACGUCUCAGGAGAGUUGUGGGUGUCGGGUGCAGGCCUAGCUCCCCUCCACACACUCCAUCCCCUUGUUUCCGAGGGGUGUCAGGAUACUGUUCAGACCCUUUCCAUCCUGCCACCCACAGCCACUCGGGGCUUUGCUGCCCUCCCUGGGGAGCCCUCUGUGUUGCCCUCUGGCUGCCUCCCAGCUGGGCCUGUUCUCUGGGGGAGGUUCCGGACACUCAUGGGCCAGGCUCUGCCUCGGGGAAGGAGGCUGGGCUGGAGGAGCAGCCACCAUUGUCUCUGUUCAGCCAAGUGUGCAAGCAGACUGCCAGCCAAGAGGGGCCUCUGUGCUGCCUGCCCGCCACCUGCUGGCUGACACACUGCCUCGUUGGCCUUCCUGCCGGGCCCCCUCCUCUUGUCCAUGCUCGUCACCAGCUCCGGGGCCUGGACCUGCACCAAGGGUCCACCCCCUUCAGACCAAAAGGGGUGCCUGGCCAGAGCCCGGGGCUGGGCCAUGCACCCAAUGGGUGCGCAAUAAACACAGGCCAAUGCAGAUGGAGGUGUCCGUGAGUGUGUGAGGAGGGGAGGACCAGGCAGUUCUGGGCAGCUGGGGCCACCUGCAGGGUGGCAGGCCGGGUCUCCUUUGCCCUGUGUGCAUAUUGGUAUCUGUGUGUCUGUAGGACCCUGUUUGUGUACAGGAGUCACACAUCUAUAGGCUGUCCAAACUAGAGGGGACCUCAGGAUCAUUUAUUUCAUCCCAAGUUCGUUCAUUUACUCAUUUCACAAAUAGUAUUGAUCACUUUUUAUGGACCAGCACUAGGGGAUUAAAAAGUGAAUUAAACCUGCCAUGGGCCUCCAGGACAUAAAACCCUGCUCCCUGGUUCACAGCUCUCAGCAAAGAGGCACGCUUUGUCUCUCUGGGGAGGCAUGCUGAAGACAUUGCCUCUAUACUCAGGGAUUCAGUCAACAGGUCUUGGUCAGGAGCACAGAUAUGUAAUUAAUGCUGCUUGGGUGACUCUGCUGUGUGGGGCAGUUAACAGCCACGGCAGAAUCCAAUGGUCUCAUUUGACUGAGGUGAAAACCCAGCUCCACGUGGACGUGACUCGGCCCAGGACUGAUGCUUACAAGCGAAAUGGCCUUGAGCGGCAGGUUCUUUGAUCUCACUGGACAUGUAUCCUCAUUCCUGAAUCCAGAAAAAGGCGGAGGUUUGUCUGCA